AUGCAAUAAAAUAACAGUGCAAUUAAACACCUCAUUAAACCAUUUUCUUUUGAACUUCCCCAAUCCGAAUAAUUCAACCCACUACUUUUAGACAAUCUCAAUUGGGAUUACGUUCAGGCAAAUCUGGAUAUAGCUCAAUGUGGUCCAUUUCUCAAAAACUUUGUGCAAUCCAACUUCACCUCAGAUACUAUAAGAAACAUGGAAUUUCGACAAUUCAAGAAAAUGUUGGAGGUCUGCCAAUUCGCUAUGGAUUUCUAUACUCAAAAUCAAGAGUAAAAAGAAAUAGAAAUAGAUGAAAAGGUGCAAGUCUUGAGAAACAAACAGGAAUAAUUAGAGAAGCUGAAAGAAAUCGAAAAAUAACAUAUCGAUAAGUAAAAUACAAUUAAUAAGGAACUUGAACUCUUAAAGGCAGAAGCCAAGAAGGUCAAAGAACAAGCAGUCAAGAAUAUCAUAUUCAAAUGUCAUCAUUGUGACAAAUGUUAUACUUCCAAACAAGAAUUGCUCAAACACAUCGAUAACAAACAUGUGGAGAAGUAAAAGGAUGACAUAACUAAUCCAGAAUACUUGGGCUCGAUGUUAUAAUAGUUGUAAUAACAAUAAACUCAAUAAUAACAAUCAAUGGCGAACACACAACAAAGUUUCAUGAAACAGCAACAAUUUGGUAACACCAUGUAAUCCAUGCCUGAUCCCUUGAUGAUUGGAAGUGCUGGAUUUUAGCAAUUAAAGUAAUAACAAAUAGAGAAGAUGGAGCAAAAACAAAAGAGAAAGGAAGAAAGAAAAAUCAAAAGAGAAAACGAUAGAGAUGAGAGGUAAAAAAGAAUAUUGUAACAGGAAGAAUAAAUGAAGCAAUUCUAAAAUUAAAUGAAAGUCUUAAUUGAAUAGAAGGUAUAAGAGAUGGUUAAGUUGAACAAUAUGGUGGGAUCAUAACAACAAGCACAAAUCAUAUAAUAAAAAAAGUUGAUUGCUGAAUUGGAAGAGUUGAAAUAGAUGAGGUUUGUUCAAAAGGAGCAGAGCAUUAUUUAAUUGGAUCCGUAGUAAGUUAAUUAAUCUAAGAGCAAUGAUGAUGAAAAGAUCUUAAAUAUCAUCGACAAAGAAGUCAAUGAUUUAGACAUUUCAUAAUAGAGUCUGCAUUCACAGUAAUUGUCAAGGGAUCAAAAACUUCAGAUCAAUAAGAAUCAAAAGGCUGGAGAUCAAUCAGGGAUGAUGAGUUUCCACAAUUAUUCGUAUUCUUAAAAUUCACAAAAUAUGAUCAAUGUUAAAACAGAAAUGGGUAAGGCUCAUUAAAUCAAAAACAAUCAAUUAAAUGUAGCUGAAAUGGCACAUGUGGGCGAGAUAGAGAGUGACAAUGAAGUGUUGGAUCAGGAUGGCGAUGCUUCAUAUUUGAGACCAGUGAACAAGAAGAGUGAAGUUUAGCAAGCGGAAAUUGAAUUCAUUGAAGCCAUAAGGAAGAAGAAAAUCUUAAAGGAGGAUCCAUAGGAUGAUGAUGAUGAAGAUGAUCGUGACUUCGAUGAUUUACUGAACAAGGAAAAGCAAAAACUAUUGGGUCCCAAUACUGAGUCUCAGACUAAUAAAGAGUUGUUGGAAUCUUUAAAUAAGAUGUAAUAGCUGUCUAAAGACAAAUCUUGA